AUGCACUGGAAAUGGGAUUUUUCUUGGUCUGAGAGUCAAUAGAGUCGGCGUGAAACUCAAGCCAUUUCAAAGAUUUUUCGAAAUUGUAUGGUUCCGUAGUGGAGGAACUGAAAUCCAUCAAUGUCAAAGACCUCAGCGGUUUAGUAAUCAUGAAGAAAAUGAUGGAGAAGAAGAAGCCAGACCUGCUGCAUUCAUAUUGAUUAUCUCCAUCUAAAAUCUCAGUAGCUGUAAACCGAAAAAGCGCCUCCUGAAGUGUUCGAACAUCACCAGGUAUUCCAACAGUGAGAUCCAGCAUCCGCUCAUUCCGGACAGAAUUACUCUGGCAGUUCAUACAUUUUAUCUGCAUUACAGAUUCCAGUCACUAACCCCCUUCACAAAAUAAAGUGUCAAACCCCCAAAAGUGGGAAACAAGAAAGGCGCACAACACCUUUGA